AUGUCUUUCAAUUUUGUUGAUAAUCCACUAGAGUGUGGUCCAGGAGAAGAGCCUAAAAUAAUACGAAUUGUACUUACUGGAGGUCCAGGAGGUGGAAAAACUACAUCACUGUCAUUAAUUGCUGAUCAAUUUAGACCACUUGGAAUUCAAGUCUUUCAUAUCCAAGAGAAUUCAACUAUGUUCUUUAAUUCAGGAGCAGGAUUUCCUGCUCAUGCAUCUGAGAAACAAAAAUUGUGUUGGGAGUUAUGCAAAAUUAGGUGCCAAUUAGCUAUGGAAGAUCAAUUUUAUAAAUACGCACAAUCAACUAAUAAAAAGAUUACAUUAAUUCUUUCUGACCGUGGAAGUAUGGAUUCUGCUGCUUAUAUGUCAGAAGAUAAUUGGGAUAAAGUUAUGAAUGAAGGAGGAUUUGAUUAUGACUCAUUUUGUAAAAACAGGUAUGACCUUGUUCUUCAUUUAAGAACAACUGCUAUUGGUGCAUUAAAGUAUUAUGAUAAAAAAUCUAAUCCAGCCAGAAGAGAACGUCCAGAAGAGGCUGCUGCUCUUGAUUAUACAAUUGAAGAAAAAUGGUCAAUUCAUCCACAUCAAGUUAUUAUUGAUAAUUCUACUGAUUUUCCAAAUAAAGUAAGAAGAGUCUGUGAACAAAUUGCACAAUUUGUUGGAUUUGAGUAUCAUUCAGUUCUUGAAAUUCCAAUAAGCCCACCAGCACCAAUAGUAUUUCAGUAA